AUGGCCUCCGCAACAAGACCAAUUAGGGGAUGUACAGCCGAGGAUCCGCCGAAGCUGCGGAUAUCGGCGUAUGAUCAAGACAGACAAUCGCACAACGGCCCGUACUUUAAAAGUGAUUGGCUAGAACUCGUUAUAAAACAGGCCCGCUGUCGGCGAUUUUUCCACUUCGUCGGGAUCGUUACGCUUCAUCAAAUCGCUAUCCGCUCCAGCAACCAGUGCUUCGAACCGCCGGAUCCAUAUCGUUUGAACCUUCGAUCCCCAGUACAAGGACGUUAUGAAGAUGUCGCCGAACGAACACCGAACGAAGACGUACGAAGCGUUUACAAAACGCUUACGCGUACGACGGGCCGCGUACACAUCAACGCCGGUCGCAUUAUCUGAUGGCACCGACAUACGUCUUCGCUGUCAGCCGAUCGUUAAGGGAACAAUCAGACGUGCCGGAGACGGAUCGGUUGCCAACCACUUUCACCCUUCCUCCUUUCCAUCCCCAUCUUCUUUUUCCUCCUUCGUUAUUUUUUUCUUCUCUUUUCUUUUUCUUUUUUUUUUUUUUUUAUUCCACUCGCUGUGCUCCGUCUUUCCACUCCCAAAAGAAAGAUUCAUCGUUUCCUCUUUUCUUUCCUACAGAAGAAUAUUACGGAAGAAAAUUUCACAAUUCAGGAAUAUUAAUUUAUUGUCGAAAUUUCUUUGCUUCCCAUUUGAAA